UUUAUAUUUGGAAUAGCUUUACAACCCAGAGCAGAUUUAGAGAUAUUUUGUUACGAAGCUCAUUGAUACUAUCGGUGUUAAGAAUGGAAUGCGACAAAUGUAAGGAGGAACCUUCGUCGCCGCCGCCCGCACUGCCGAGCUGCGUAUGUCCGAGGGACGACCACGGCAUUGUGGUGCACGAGGAGCAUUGCCUGCAGUACAGGAACGAGCAAAUGGUUUAUCGAGAGUCCUCGGUUUGCGAGUGCUACGACACGGUGCCGCCGGCGACAGAAGAGGAAUGCGCGUGCUGUCGCUGUCCUGUGGACCAGUGCCGCUGCAACAGGGCCGGCCGGGAGGCUUUCGAUGAAUGGCGCAGCAAGCGCCCAAUGGGCGCGAUGCCCGCCGUGCUCGAGGCCACGCAUCCCCUCAUGCAGAAGUUCCAGGAAACACUAAAGCGGUUCCUCGAAAAGGAAAACCAAAUCGCCGCUGAUGAAAUACAAAGACUGAAAGACGAACUAAAACAAAGCAAAGACGCGUACGAUAAGGAUCUUGAGACAAUCUACCGAGAUGAUCACGAUACCAACGCUCAAAGAGCCCUUAUAGAAGAGUACGAACAAACCUUGUCGGCGAAAAGAACGGAACGAUUAGCUUCCGAAGAAAGAGUUCGCGUUUCCACUGAAAAAUACAAACAGGCUCGUCAGAAGUUGGACACAAAUGCUAUACAAGAACGGGAGGCUACAGAAGAGCUGGAGGCUCUGACCACGCUCUGCCGGCAGCUGGAAGCUUGGAGAGACGAAACGGAGUCAGAUCUGACGGUCAACCAGCGCAUGUCCGAGAAGAUGAAGACAGAGAAGAAGGCUCUAGCGGACGAAAAGAGACAACUGGAUAUGAUUAUCUAUAACUUGAGCAACGAGGUGUGGAAGCUGGAGUCCAAGCUGGAACUAUUCCAGAAGCAGAUGGAAAUAAAGAAUGUGGAGAUGGAACAAGUUAAUGAUAAGGUGACUGCGUACGCGGCCGAGUUGGAGGACUUGGAGCUUGACAAGCGCCGGCUGGUCAGUCUGUGGAACUCGGUGCUGGUGAAUAUACAGCAGCGGGACAGGGUGUAUGACUCCGUGCGGGAUGAUUACAAAUCACUACAAGAAAACUAUCGUACGUUACUAAACAACCUGGAGAUAUCUAAGAAGGUCGCGAUAGAGGAGAUGAACAGGAGCAAAGAGAUUGCAAUGAACAAGGACAAGAUCAAUUACGACAUCGCCUCCGCAACCAAAUAUUUGGAGUUUGAAUUGGCGCGCCGGGAUGCAUUGGAAACACAGAUAGCCGAACUCACAGAGUCCAUUGAGAUGACAGAGAGGGAUCAGGAACUUGUGAAAUCGGAGAAUCAAACAAUGAAGAACAUAUUAAGAACCACCGAAAAGGAUUUACAACAUAAGACUGAACUGAAGUUAAAAUUGGAGAAUGAAAUUUUAUCAAAUCUUCAAGAGUGUUUGCUGAACGACAAGGCGGUCGAGGCAAUGGCCAACGGCAUCAAGAAGAUGAGAGAAAUGUCUAGAAAACAAGAGAUGACACUAACAGGAAUGGAGAACCAGCACGCGAAGAUUAUGCUGGAGAUUGAGAUGCACAGAAGCAGACAGGCGCAGAACAAGCGCGUGUUAGAGGAGUGCAUGGACAAGGUGGCCGCGAGAGAGAAGGAGAUAGAGUUACUGCAGGAGAAGUACGACCGCAAGACGCUGCUGCUCACGCGCAAGCAGCGCGAGCUUGAUAUCAUGAUGAAGAAGUAUAUAGCUCUUAAAGAAGUAUUUGAUAUGAAGUCGCCUCAAGAGCGUCGCAUCCAAGAGCUGGAGCAGCAGAUCCGAGAGCUGCGGGAGCGCACGGAGCGGGCACAGCACGACUGGCUGCGCCUGCAGGGACACGUCGUCAAGCUGGCCGCGCAACACCACAAGAUACUCGCUGACAUGAACCUCAUCAACAAACAGAUCCAAAUUUGCAAUGAGAAGACGAUGCGCAUCCAGGCGGAGUGCGAGCGCAUUGCGGGCGAGCGCGCGGCCGUGGAGCGCUCGCUGCGCAUGUUGCGCGGCCGGCUCGAGGUGGCGGAGCGCACGCGCAAGGACGCCACAGAGCGCAACGAGGACGCACAGCGCGCACACGCAGCGCUCACACACGAGUACACCGCCAAUCUAAAGGAUGCAGAAUCAGAAAUAAUCGAAUUAGAGGAGGAUAUAGAGGCGCUUGAAAAAGAGAAGAUAAAUCUGACGCAAGAGCUGGAUAGAGUCCAGAGAGAGGCUUUGAUCUGGCAAAGAAAGGGCAUUCUCGCUGUUGAGCUCAAAAGAAACAUUCAAAGUUCAAAAGCAGCGGAGGGGGAAAUCGGUCAAAUGAAGACUGAAAUACAUAGAAUGGAGGUGCGUCGCGACCAGCUGCGCCGCACCGGGGAGAAGUUGUCUGAAGACCUGGCGCUGUAUGUGACGAGGCGCGAGACCGCCGCGGACAAGGGGCGCGCCGCCGCCGCGCUAGAGAAGGCGCACGGCGGGGCGCAGCAAUCUCGCUCUGCUCACUACCACAAGCUGCGUCUAGCCAGAGCUGACGCCACCAGGCUCAACAAGGAGCUGAAGGAAGCUCAGGCUCACAUGGAGUACUUGGAGAACGAGCUGUGUAAACUGCGGCGCGAGACUGUCGACACUGCCGCGCUCAAUGCACAGCUGGAGGAACACGUCGCCAUGUUGCUGCGCGACUGCAAAGACACCGAGCGACACAAGCAGUGGUUGCUCGAAAGAGUGGUACGUAGCCAACGUCUGGGCAGUGAAUUGGCGACGGCGGUAAAACGUCAAAUUCUACGCGUGAAGAAACCUAAAGCGGCCGUCAUCGCAGAGUAUACUCAGGCUAAAGCGCUUAAUGAAAGUCUGAAGAAUAUAGUGGAAACCCUCAGCAAGGAGUAUCCACACCUCAGCGACAAGUUGGAGACAAUUAGUAACACGCUGAAUAUCUACUCCCCGACACAAUCUCCCAGGCUAUCUGAAGAUCAGUGCGUCUGUCCGAAUGAUCUAGAAAAUGUCGCCGAAAAGCCGCUAGACUCUUGCCCUUGUCCUUAA